AUAAGAUUUGGAUGAAAGAUUCCUUUCACCCGUUUCUUCCAUCUCUAGAUGACGUUCUCGAUGUCAAUCCAACGGUGCCGACUAGCGACAGCCAUGGUGAGGGCCUGAGGGGAUUCAUUUGAACAUGGGUGCAGGGAAACUCGGUCCUCCCAUCCUGUCUCUUCCCUCCUUUUUCGGUGACGGAAGUCCGAAUCACCCGACGAGACAGUGAUUCGCUUCGAUCUCACACCCGACGAGACAGUGAUUCGCUUCGAUCUCACAUUUCCACUAGGAUUACAAUUUGCAGAAAGUAACAGCUGCAGCAGGAGCGAAGCGAUCCAAGGGAUUCCCACACGAUUCAAGACGGUUAGAGCUGGCUUAGUUGAACAAAGAUCGAAGCAGCUCCUCUCUAAGGCCUAUCAUGCUCGUGGAUUAAUCGUGUUUGCUCCGUAACUAUCGCUCUCCUCCUGUUUCCCGAUUGCGAUAGACGGAACUCUCUACCCUCUCCAUCUCUUUCUCUCUCGGAGCUAUUAAGAUUUGAGAUACGACAUCGGCUGAUCCACCAACCUAAUUUAUUAUCUGGGUAUUUAUUACUUGUAAGGGGAGGGAAAUCCGGGAUCUUAGAUGGCUUCGGAUUUCGAUCGGUGGGAGAAGGAUCCGUUCUUCUCCGCGGCUGAGGAAGUUCAGGAAUCUGCUGACAGGAUGGAAUCGGUUUAUAGAACUUGGUUACACGAAACCAAGGACGCGUCGAGCAUCUGCGCUGUCGAUGAGCUGCGCAGGGACUUAUAUACAGUUCUUGGCACUGCUAAAUGGCAGUUGGACGAGUUUGCCCGGGCAGUCAGCUCGAGCUAUGUUGGGAGCUCUAGCUCGGCCGAGGAUGGGAGAGCUAGGCACCAUCAAUUUAUUGCUGCUACUGAAUUUCGGAUUUCUGCGGUUGAGGACUCAUUGAAGAAAUUAGUCGUCGCGGAAGGCCAGUCGACGCUGCCUUGGGUUCGUUUGGAUGAAGGAGAACGGGAUGAGCUCGCCUUGUUUCUCUCAGGACCUUUGGUAGACAGGACCACUUCCUCUGCUACGAUUCCUGCGAGAGACGAAGAAGAAGGGAAUUUGCAGGGGACGCGUGGAGAAACAGUGUCUGUUUGUUCGAAGAAUUCUUCGCAUCCGCCCGAGUGGGGUUCAAAAGAUACGAAAGAGGAGAGGUUUCACGGGCAUCGGAGGACUGCAAGUGCCAGUGCUGACAUUGAUACCUGGAAGAUUACAGUUGCUGAAGAGAAGCCACAAAGGAAUUCUUCUGAUGACAUAUAUGAUCUUCCUCCUCCGAGGGUAUUCAGUUUUUCAGGGCUCCUUGGAUCCAUGGAGCCAAUUUCCAAGCUGAAUUGGUCGAAGAAUGGUUUCAGAAAAUGGAAAGCUGGGGAUCGUCGUCUACCAACCGAUGCUGAGCCAUUGCCGUCACAGCAGUUGAGUCGGGGAAUAAAUGCAUGUUAUGAAAGAAGUAAGAGUUGCCUUGAUAGCUGUGACGACUCUUAUGAUAAGCAGCUAUAUGGUUGGUCUGGAGCUGUUCAAAGACAACUUCAAAGGUCUCAGUAUCAAAUUCAAUAUAGGCGGCCCAUUCAAGUUACUGUUGCUGUCGUCCUUUGCCUGCUAGACCAGGCAGUACUUGGAACAAGUGAAGUAUGUCGAUCUCCUUCGAUUCUGCAGCUCUUACUCUGAAACUUGGGGCAUGAGUAUAAGAGUAUUACUCCUUGGGGCGAUUCAAUCCCUUGAAGCCCUAGCUCUAACGCCUUUUCUGUGGAGAGCCUUAUUUCUGAAACAAGGGCUGAACCUGCAACCAUCGCCUGGUGAGGCUUGCAGAAUCUGAUCUGCUGUUUUGGAGAUUUCCAUUGGCUGUAGAUGUUGGGUAUCCGAAGGUCUUCAAUAAUCAGAGCCCUCUUUGAAGUUCCAGCUCGAUCAGACAUCAGUUGAGAGAGAUUUGGCCUUUGAGGUUAGCUGCUUCUACCGCUGAGUUCAUCCCUAUCGUGUGAGGAAGAAGAAGCAAAAGUCUUUUUUUUUACGCUUAAGCCCUAUUUUCCUGAUAUUACAAUAAAGGCCUUGUUUUGAGUUUGUUGUUUCAGUUUAGCCCAUCACUAUUUUUUAUUUCCAGAAUUGAUCCUUCUCUUGGGGUUUGAUUACUGUUAAGUCCUUAGUCAAUUA